AGUGGAAGUCUACAGGAAUCUUAUUAUGAUUUAUUUAUAUACAUUUUUGCUAGUUUCACAUUAUGAAUUAUAUUUGCUACAAAUUAUAUUUAUAUUUAAUUUACAUAUUUUAAAAAUAAAAUAUAUUUGGGAUUAUUUUAAUUUAUUUUGCAUAAUAAAUACAUGAAUCGCAACAAUUACUUACAAAAUAUUAAUUAUACCUAUAUUUUUUAGAUGCCACGAAAAAGUAGGUCUACAUCUCAGAUAUCUGAAGAAGAAAAGAUAAAAAGAAGGCGCGAGCAAAAAAAAUUAUGUGUGUGUGCGACGUGUUAGAGCUCGAAUGACUCAAACAGACUCAGAAGAAAGAAGAAGAAAAGAUAGAGAAAGGUAUCAGAAGAAAAAAGAACAAGGACUCCUUAAAACUAUCACCGACUUUACUCCGAGAGAACAAAGACAAAUAAGGAAACAGUGGAGAGAAAAAGGCAAGAAGAGACGAGAAAAGCAAAGACAACACGAUGCUUUGCAUAAUUUUAUAGAAACAAAUACUCCACCUUCAACGCCAACACUAUCACGUGCAAGUGGUGGUAGUUACAUAUCACCACGUAAUAGAUACCUUCUUAAGAAUGAGAAUGUUUAUUUGAAGAAAAAAAUAUGUGAAUUAGAGUCUAAACUAGCCAAGUAUAGAAUGCGAUGUCUCAGAGUAAGAAAAAAUAUAGACAGAGAAAAGGAAAAUAAAAGAAAGCCUAACAAGUCUCUGGUAGUUAAAGAGACAAAAAAAGUGGUUCGUGACUUUCUUUUGCAAGAUGAAAAUAGUAGUGAUGGUCCCUCAACACAAUACCGAAAUAAAUCCAUGUUCAAUUUAGUUGCUACCUAUCUAAGCAAGGAGUUUGGAGUGGAUACAAUCACAUGGCAUUUCAGUGAAAGAGGCCACGGUAAAGGAGCACCCGAUGGUGUAGGGAUAAUAGAUGUCAAUUAUAAACCCAUGGACAACUAUAAAUUUCCUAGUGAGCCAGAAGCUUUAAAUACUCCCGAUACUCCGGAAGCACCAAAUACUCCUGAAGAGCCUUCAAAUACCCCUGAAAAUUCAACUGUGUCAAUGUCACCGGGCUUUAGUGACAGGUUAACAUCCGAAGUCACCACUGAUGCAAUUCAACAAAAUGUGAGGCCUACCAAAAGACUUCGACCGCGUCUAGAUCUUUUGGAAGACUCUGAUUCGUCUUUAGAAGUGUUUCCCAAACGAAAACGGUUUUCUGUCGCAAUGUGGCAAGAUUCCGAUGACGAUUCCAUAUUUUAG